AUGCCAGUUGCAAUGGAGUCCUUGGAUCAGGAGCCCUUUCGUCUGGCGCAGGGUCGCGCUGCCUGGUGGAUACCCAAUCCCGGUAGGCCAGCAGCACCCACCACCAACCACUUACCUGGCACUUCCGCGGAGGAUACGCGAAAAUUGUCAUUUGCCGCUGCUUUAAAGGAUUUGCUACAAAAUCUGUCGUUCCAUUGUUACAGCAAAUUAGUGGAGCCGGGUCGGCGGAUCCAGGAGCGUUUCUUCUGGUUCGUUUUCCACAUAACCGCUUUGACCGUCCUAAUUGCAUUUCUAUGGGGCACCUACACGAACGAGCAGGAGGCCUUGGUGACCACUAUGUACCAUCCGAUGUAUCCCAUUUGGAAGGUGGAGUUCCCGGCCAUAUCAGUGUGCAGUCUGAACCGCAUCUCGCAGCGUGCGGCCUGGCAAUAUGCUCACAAGCUAAGUGGCAAAGAUCCCAAGCUGCGUAAUGCCAGCUUCUUCUACGGGCAACUGAAGUCCUUCAUGUACAUGUACUACGAUCCCUCCGAUCUGGUGGAUAUAGACAAUGCUCUGCGCUUCCAGAGCUUCCUGGACAGUUUCGAUACGGGCGAACAGGACCUCUUCUUCAACACUAGAAAGCAUAUGCAUGCCCUCACGCCCAACUGCAGCGAUAUGUUUGUGAGUUGCAGAAUUGCUGGGCGACUCUUCGACUGCAUGGAUCAGUUUGAGGAGACCCUGACCAGUCAUGGUUACUGCUGCACCUUCAACUAUGACGGCAGAUACAUCAAUAAAAGGGACUUUAGGCAACGCUACUUUGGCCCAGAUAUGGGAUUAGUUUUAACCCUGAAGACGGACCCCAGUGAUAACUUUUACAAGAUAAAUGGUCACAAUGGCUAUCCUGAUCCGUAUUCCGGAGGUGUGGCGGAGCGCGUGGCCGAAACGGGCUUUAACACCUUGCUGCCGGUAAGGGCCAAGAUUUUCGAGACGCUGCCCGAAGCGCGUAGCAUGAGCCAAUCUGUGCGAAAGUGCCUGUUUGAGAACGAGAUGCCGUGGAUCUUUGCACGCCAUUAUACCUUCAGUAAGUGCAUCUCUGCGUGCAGGGCCCAGAGUGUCGUCAGUCUGUGCGAGUGUGUCCCGUUCAGCCUGCCCCACAGAUAUAUCGAUGGGAACGAGAAGAGGAUCUACUGCACACUGCAGCACCUGGCUUGUCUCAAGCGCUACGAGUUCAAAUGGUUGAAUGUCAUCACCAGUCGCGAGAAUGUGACGGGCCUGGAGCACGAGUUGCAGGACGCCCUCUUCUGCCCGCUCUGCCUCGCCUCCUGCACGGAGACCCGAUAUAGUGUUCGAGGAGCCAUGACACUGGGCCUGCCCACUCCCAAUCCGACCAAGGGUCCAGCGCGAAGCAGUCCCGGACCGCGUGCCAAUAACAGUUACGGCCCAGCAUUCAGUGCCGGAUCCGGAAAGGGACCAGUCCGCAGCUCAUCCUCCCCCGCCGAGCUGGCCGUGGUGCGUAUUUAUUUUGCCGAAACGCACAUUCAAUACUUUCGCCAGAUUAUUAAUAGCGCCUGGUACGAGACGUUCAGUACAAUUGGCAACAUCUGCGGCAUUAUAGCUGGUUUCUCGCUGAUUGGCAUCUGCGAGCUGUUGUUUUUUCUAGCCAAACAAUUAUGGCAGGCCUGCCGUGCGGAACUUCGAGCCGAUCUCGCCCACAUCCACGUCCAAAUCCGGACGCAGGUAGCGGAACCGGAAGCCGAGCGGCCGAUGAAGUUGUUUAUACUGCCGUAA